CGUGCGCUGUCUCCAUGGAGAGAGGAGCGUCCUGCCGCGCGCAUGCGCUAUGGAGCGGGGAGGCGGCUGCGGCGGGGUCUGCGGCCCGGGCCGCGGGCAGCGAGAGCCCUUGGGGAGAGCUCUGACGAGCCGUGUGGGUCCCAGAUGCCAUGGGGAGACGCCACAGGGCAGAGUCCAGGGUGACGGGCCUGAGGGGCUCCCGUGCCGCGGUGAGACACCGACAGCCACCACCAAGAGGCUCCAGGAGAUGUCAGCCACAGACAAGCCGCCCCAGGAGAUAUCAGACACAGAUGAACUGCCUGCUGUGGCCCUACCAGUUGUGCCCGACAGGGAACCAUCUCCAGAGACUCAGAAGGGUCCCUCUAGGAUCAAGCUGCCUCCCUGGCUUGGAAAGUGGGGGACUAGCCCCGAGAAGGAUUCCUCCACUGCAGUGCCGGCACUACCCCCCACCCCACCCACACCAGCAGAGAAGCCCAGCCAGUCAGUGCCCCAGCGGAGCCGUGUGACCCGUGACUGGCAGAAGGAGAUAAUUGUGGAUCCCCUGGACUCUCAGCUAGGGGAAGAUUUGGGCAGUGAGGACUUCCAGCAUGGCUACCAUGGUCUGCCGAUCCACCAGUUUCUCUCCUCACUCACUGACAGCUCCUCCCCGAAGGACUGCCCACCUCUUAGAGUCCUGCUGGGGCAAGGGCAGUGGAAGGCCACACUGGCAUCCAUGCUCUAUGAGAAAUACAGUAAGGAGACGGAGGAGGAGAUCAGCCCUCCCCCAAGGCGCAUGGAAUCUAUCUCCACCACGCACAAUGACUACCGUGCCAUGGGCUUCCAGUCCACACCCCAGCCCACCACCCAGCCUCACAACUACUUAACUGAGGAGCCAACCAGCUUCUGGCUGGAGCAAGCCCAUGGACUGCCGGGUGUCACGCCCUUCUUCGGCAGAAACAUUCCCUUCAAGAGGAAUGCAGCCUUCUCCACUCCCAUUACCUUGUACUUAGGGCAUCCUGAGCCCUUCAACCUCUGUGACCCCUACGACCCCCUGAGCAGCCAGCUCCAGCCCCACAAGCAAUAAAAAAAAGGGGGACUUAUGUGGUCCCAGCAUCCUUUCCCACCCC